AUGUCAAAGAAGCACGAGUAUAUUGCCAAGAUCCGCUACAGGAAUGACUUACCAGCUCCAUUGCUCCCUCCCAAGCUUCUGAAGUACCAAGGGCCACCUAAUGAAGAGGUUGAUUCUCCACAGCUUAUCACCUCGCUUUACGCAAAGUCAAAUGUUACACCACUGAUUAAGCUAAAUGACGAUCUUAGCAUGCCACUAGAUCUAACAAAAAUACCUGGGGUACUUGACCAUAAGGACACAAAGCUCUUGCAUGGUUUCGAGAACAUUAAGCUACAUCCCGAAGACAGGGUUCUCUUAAGAGAUCCUCGGAUGGACAGGCUUACUAAGACGGAUACGUCUAAAGUCACGUUUUUGAGAAGAACUGAAUACGUUUCUUCGUCCAGCGCCCCUAAGCCAUCGAACAGGAAGAGACCGGUCUCUGAAGCGAUUGACCCAGAUGAUGAAAUUCUAACGCCCGCACAGCGCGUCAAGAGAGUGGAAAGCACAUUUGACAGCGUGACUGACGACUUGUCUAAAGUGAAGCACCCAUUCAAAAAGAACGUACACGCCGUUAAGGCUUGGGAGCUGCUUCCGGACACAGUCUCCAUGGAUCAAACAUUUUUUACCAUCAGGCUCGUGGGCUCGGCUGCCCUUGAUAAAGCAGAGAAGGAACAGUUGGCGCUCUCCACUGCGCUCUUCAGGCCUGUUGAGCUGGAAGAAGACGAGUGGGUCUCCUUAUACACGACAGAGAAGAACAGCUCCGAAGAAUACGAGAAAAAUCUGGAGCAGCAAAUCGAUGAGAUUACUGACGACGAUCGUGUGUACAAAUUCAAACGCCUAAGAGACUUCGACAUGAAGCAGCUGCAGCCUGCUGGAAGCGGGCUGUUUAGCGAAUUGGCUUUAAGGUUCAACAACGAUAAAAAGACCAUUUACUAUACACCUCUGCGCUCAAGGAUUGAAUUGAGGAGGCGGCGUGUCAAUGAUGUUAUCAAGCCUUUGGUGCGUGAAAACAACCUUGAUCAAAUCAACAUAAAGAUCAAAAAUCCAACUACGCAGGAGACGAGAAUCAGAGACAAAAUCAGAAUGAAAUUUGACCCUAUCGACUUUCCCAACAUAGAAGAUGAAAUCGAUGAUGAGGCGCCACAGGAAGAACAAGUUACCAAAGUUUCUGAGGCAGCCUCUCAGGACGCCCAGCAGGGCUCUCAAGAUGUCGAUGCUGAAAAAUAA